AAAUACGCAGAUUUUUCUUUAUAGAGAAAAAUAAUAAUAUAAUUAAAAAACGAUUAAUUUCUUUGAUUCAUCGUUUCUGGUUGGGAUUGAGAUCAUCGAUAGGUCUCUCCAACAAAUCUUUCACAUAUAUAUAUAAAUUAAAGAGAAUUUUUGUUUUUGUUUUGGCGUAUGUAAAGAUGAUGUACGAACAGCAGCAGCAGAUAAAGAUGGAUGUGAUGAGGGGGAAGGGUUUGCAGCAGCAGGAGGUUACAGCAAGGAAGAUUAGCAAUAAUAUGGGAUUGGGAAUUCAUGAGGAAGAAGAAGACGACGACCACAUCCAUUCAUCAUCAUCUUCUUAUAAUAUGAAUAUGGAAAUAGUGGACCUGAGUGGGAUGUCUUUGGAUACUCUCCCAAACCCUCCUUUCCAUUUGGCCAACAUCUGCAAAUUGGACCUCUCCAACAACAAUCUCCAGAAGAUUCCAGAAUCACUAACGGCUCGGCUGCUGAACGUGAUGGUAUUAGAUGUCCGGUCGAAUCAGCUAAGGUGUCUCCCUAAUUCAAUCGGCUGUUUGACAAAGCUCAAAAUCUUGAAUGUAUCGGGCAACCUCAUUCACUCGCUUCCUACCACCAUCGGAUCCUGCACAUCCCUGGAAGAACUGAAUGCAAACUUCAAUCAGCUCCGGCAGCUCCCUGACAGCAUCGGGUUCGACCUCCAAAGCCUCAAGAAACUCUCAGUGAACUCCAACAAGUUGGUGCUCCUCCCUCGCUCCACCUCCCACCUAACCAACCUCCGAAUUCUCGACGCCCGCCUCAACUGCCUCCGAGCCCUCCCAGACGACCUCGACAACCUCAUCAAUCUCCAAGUCCUCAACGUCAGCCAGAACUUCCAGUACCUCUCAUCCCUCCCCUACACUCUCGGCUUCCUCAUCUCCCUCGUCGACCUCGACGUCAGCUACAACAAUAUUUCCUUUCUGCCCCAUUCCAUCGGCAGCCUCAAGAAGCUCCACAAGCUCUGCGUCGAAGGGAAUCCGCUGGUCUCGCCCCCUCCGGAGGUGAUCGAGCAGGGCCUGCCAAUGGUGAAGGAAUACCUUUGUGAGAAGAACAAGAUGAACGGGAGGCGGCAAGGCGUUUCCCCGAAGAAGAAGUCGUGGUUCGGGAAGCUGACAAAGUGCGGGACGUUUAGCGGGGUGAAUCAUGUGGGGGUAGAGAAUGAGCGGGAUGGGUACAUUAUGCCGAGCUACCGGUCGAUAGAUGGGAUGACUUCGCCGCGGUACAUGGGGAUGUUCUCACCCCGCCGUCUUUUCUCGCCCAAGUCCUAUUUUUCGAGAUGAAUCUAUAUAUAGAUACAUAUGUGUUUGUGCUACAUUUUAUGCAUGUGAUUUAAUGUAAUUUUGAUGAAGAUUUGCUAAUAUUACAUUUAUAUAUAUAUAUAUAUAUACACAUACACUAGUGCUCGUAUGUGCGCGUUAAAUUGCACAACUUUUUG